AUGUCUCAGGUCGCCGUUCAUCUCUCAGAUGGAAGGCCCUCGCAGACUGCCUUGCCAGUGGAACAUCCCACGUCCUUGGAUUCCGGCAUCUACGAAGUGCUCCUCUCAGCUGCUUCUUCGUGCAAAUCAGCGCCUUUUCCAAUUGAAGGCGGUUCAGAUUCUGGAAUGUUUUGUCUCAUCGGAAACGCGAUUAGUCCUUGCCAGCUUGUCUACCAUCCAAUCAUCUCCUCGCCCAAGAAGGCACCCUCGAUUCUUCGACCAGGCGACGUUAUCCUUGAAAUUGGUGAAUACCAGAUCUCCGGUUUCACGCGCCUUGACGCCAUCCGACUCUGUGAAGCCCUUUUUAACAGUGACUCCAAAGGCAAUCGGCCGCGGAUUCUCCUUAAACUGAUCCCCCCAUCUGCAUUGCCCUCCGGAGAUGUGCUGCUGAACCACUUUCUCUCUUCCCACUUCCAGGUCGGAACGCCUGAAUUCCUUUUGCAGGAGGUCACUCGGAAUAAUAUCUAUCAACGCGUCGUUCCAUGCACAACACGUGCUCCGAGACCGGAAGAACGGGACGGUGUCGACUACCAGUUUCUUGGCGUGGACCACUUUCUUGCUUUGGAGAAAUCGGGCCAGUUAAUUGAAAGUGGAAUCUACAAAGGUGAUCCCUGUUCCUGUAUCCCAGAUUUCUGUAACUCUAAUCACCCAAUUUACUUCUACCUUCGUUUUGGUGCUGCAAAUAUACUUGAGAUCUUUCCCUGUGCUUGGCGAUUUCUUACUUUCCGUCAUUUCGUUCGUCCUUUGCCAACUGUCGACAUUCCCGUUCUUUACUUCCCCUGCCCCCUGCGAGGCGUUGUUAAGCUUACUGCGAAACAUGUAGUGUCUCUAAGACCUAGAGCAACACCAACUCUCCGUUCGAGUGUCUUGCAUGCUUCAUUUGUCGCCUCACGCAAUGCCCUGAUCUAUUACCUCCUUUACGCGGAUCGCCUUAAAGCGCAUCCCCCGCGUUUGUGCGGUGUUUGCCUCAACUUCGCAUUGUAUUUUGUAGGCAACCACUACGGCACGCCACGGCCGGAUCCCUCCUCCACGGUUCUCAACGUCGAACGGAGGCGGAGGAGUCCCGUUGGCUGCGACAACCGAUCCCCCGGCCCAAACAGCACCAAUGACGACAACACCGUGCCCGUCGACACGUUGUCACAGUCAUCGUGUGAUGACGAUAGUCAACGUAGGAACGCACCAUCGGUGCCGCUACCCAACGGGUGGGAGGUAAUUGACCACCCGGAGUACGGUCUCUUUUACGUGGACCACAUCCACCAGAAGACGCAGUACGAACCACCGACGCAGGCCGACUUCGAGGAGGCGGCACGUCUGGAGGCCGCUGGCAGUUCGUCCUCCACCGCCUCGACCUUCUCCGUCGAUAACGAUCAGCAGCGAGCUGUGACGGCGGCUGCCGAUUCCUCCAGCGGCCGGCUUCCAGCCACUGACAGGUUCACCACCGACGUCUCCCAACUCCGAGGACCCCUCACCACGGCCGUUCUUGUCAAGGGCCCCAAGGGUUUUGGGUUCACAAUCGUGGGCGGGUCCAGUCCCAGCCAACCGGGGUUUCUCCAGGUGAGCAUUUAUGGGUCCAGAUCAGAUAUCGGAGCACGCUCCUUAGGCAAAAUGCAAAUUGUGUUUGAAGUAAAAAAUCUGAUACCCGGAGGAUCAGCAGCCCUGGAGGGAACCUUAUCGGUCGGCAAUGUGCUGGUUUCCGCCAACGGUGUGAACGUCCUCGGGUUCUCGCACGACGAGAUUGUCUCUCUCUUCCAGUCAAUACCCGUUGGCAACACCGUCUCCCUCACCGUCAGCCAGGGCUACACGCUCAGCAACGGAAACUGCUUCGAUGGUCAGAAGAAACAGCCCCAAACGAAGUACGCCCUGCCCGUAAUGGAGACUUACCGCACAGCUGAUAGAAGCGUGCCCUUCGCGCCGCCAGAGCUGUGCAUUCGGCGUCUCAACACCUCGCCCACCAUCAGUCAACUGUCGGGAGAGCCGCCGUUGCCGCUGUCGCCUCGGCAGCACCAGUCGCAGCGCUUCGAGUUCGUCCAGGUGAGCGUUGUGAAGAAGGCCAACGGCUUCGGUUUCACCCUGGCGGACCAGGCUCAGGGCCAGCGUGUCAAGGAGGUCAUCGAGCCGACGGGUCUGCGCAUCGGCGACGUGAUCGUCGAAGUAAACGAUAAGUGGGUGAAGGAUGCAUCGCACGUGGAAGUUGUCCAACUCCUCAAGGCCUGUCCGGUUGCCAAACCGACCAAAUUUCUCAUCCAAAGAGGUCUACCGAAUUCGACAAAGAAAAACCAUCUGGACUCAGACUUUAACCCAAAUUUCACUAGGAUAUCCACUUGCGACUCCCCCAACGGCAUAUAUGGUACCUGCAACGAUUUUUCACCUACAAACAGUUUCUAUCCCGUUUGUCAGCCCGUCGACUGCAGUAUGGUGCAGAGUGUGACCUCCGCCGGGUCGAGUAGAUAUCGAUCGAGGACCCCGGGACCCGGGGAUUCGCAUAACUCCCGACUGGCCUCAUCCGGAGGAGGCGGCGGCACUGCUGUGAUGGGGAGUAGCUCGGACUGCAUCUACAGCCUCGGUGAGUCGCUCUCCGGGCUGGAUCUAUGCCGGUCGCCUUCCCUCACUCUGCAGUCCCCCUCGAUGGCCGCUCCUCCCGGUUCCCUCGUUCCCGCCGCCUUUGGAGGCGGCCUCAAGCGCUACGGUGGGACUGAUUUCGAUGCCUACUGUAUGCAACAGGGUCUCUCCCGAAAUAACCCAUCUGGAAGUGGACAUGUGCUGCAACUGAAUCCCAACUACGCAUCCCUGCCUAGAAAUGCACACGGACCUCCUCACCCUCUCGGCGAAUUCCUGGUGUGUCUGCGUCGGGAGGCGAACGGUUUCGGUUUCAAGAUUCUCGGCGGCUCUGAAGAAGGCACUCAGGUCAGUCGAGCCCGGGCCGAACACACUCACAGCCUCACCUGCACGCGGGACUUCGCUGUGACGGCUGAAAUUCGUGUGGAAAUGUUGUGGCGACGUCGUGUUCACUUUCCAGGCGUGAGCGCGCACACCUGGUGUGGCCUCGCACGGCCUCGGCCCUUCACCUUGAACAGUGUGCUGCAAAGGUUGGCGCUGGUGACAAUAGGUCAGCUGAUGCCGGGUGGGGCGGCGGAGAAGUCGGGUCUGAUUCGUCCCGGCGACCACCUCGUCUCGGUGAACGGCGAGCGAGUCUAUGGCGGCAGCCACGCCAGGGCCCUCGCUCUUCUCGAGCAGGAGUGUGACACCGAGGUCACCCUCGGACUGUGGCGUCCCACGGCACCUCCAACCCACCAAGUCGGCGUCCUGUUGGGCAUGACGAUUUUGAUCAGUUGCUUUUUUGUUCCCUCCCUCCCCCCGCCCCUCUUUGCCGGCCAGCGUGAUAGCCGACCGACCGAGGCGAACGAGGCCCGGCGUCUGGCGUCGUCGGCUGUGCGACACGCCGUCCUCCACCGCGCACCGGACGAGGAGGGUUUCGGCUUUGUCCUCGCCUACCCACCGCCUCUGUCGAAAUCAACAACGAGUGUGUCCGGUCGGGCCCAGGGCGAUGGCAGCAGCAAACCCCUGGAGCACUUUAUUUUGUCGCAGCCAACUUGUCUUUCUUGGUUAUCGCUGGGCGUUUUUACUUUAGCUCGAGUGCUACCUGGAAGCGCGUCGGAGAGGUCGCGUCUCCUGCGUGUGGGCGAUCGUCUCCUGUCCGUGAACGGGGUCAGUGUCACCGGGCUUCGACAUGAGGACGUCAUUCGACUCAUCAAAGACAGCGGCACUCAGGUUGCGCUCACAGUCCUUCCUCAUACCCGUAAGUCCCCGUCUAUGCUUACGUCGGAUACCCUGGUCUUAGAAAACAUCUCGAUUCCGACCUACGAGCAUCACCAGACGCGAAUGGCCUGCCCGAGCCGACAGGCCGUGUUCUUUCAGGUGACUCUGUUUCGUUCCAAUCGGGGCUUCGGUUUUUCCAUCCGUGGAGGCCACGAGUUCAAUCAGAUGCCGCUCACUGUUCUGCGCGUGGCUGAGGGCGGUCCGGCUCAUCUGGACGGUCGCCUCAAGGUCGGCGAUGAACUAUUGCAAAUCAACGGUUACACCACGACUGGUAUGUCGCACCGGCGCGCAGUCGAGAUAAUUCAAGCCGGGGGCAACAUGAUAAGCCUCGGUGUGCGUCGAUUCCUCGUGGGAGACCAAAAGGCCCCCUCCUUCUACCCUCAAUCCCCGCUGCCCUUUGUGUCGCCCCCUUUCAUGCCGCCCGGGCCUCCCAACCUCCGCUUCCCCCAAUUUUUCACUCCUCUUCCCGUCCACAGGCCUGCGUUCGUCCAGAAGCCUCUUUUGUCGUCAGUAAAAAGUCCCCCGUGCCAUCGAGGUGUGGCCGCCUACCAAUCGUUGUCUCGCUCGGGACAGAAAGGCGGAGGAAGGCCUGGAGCAUGUCAUUCCUACAAUCAGUACUCAUUGCGACGUGAUUUUGAUUCUCGGGCCAGCGGUGACAGUGGUUUCCACAGCACCGACCUCAUUGGCAAUCGGAAAAAAGUAAGUGAAACGAAAAAGGAAAGCUAUUUGAAAGAUUACUAUCGCAAUUUCCGUUAUGUUCCAAAAAAGGGAAAAUUCUUAAUGGAUAGUGAUUCCUCUUCUGAAGAAAGUGGUGGUAAUGACCGCAAAGUUCGAAAAAAAUAUAACUUUGGGUGGUCUCCGAUUCCAAACGGCUCCAUCGAGUCGCCAGAUAUCUACCGUUCUGUGGCAAGCCUCCCAAAGGACCUGGAAUAUUUGUUAAAAAAGGCAGAUGAAGAUAAGUUGGAUGACGCGGAGAUCACCCGACUACGAACUCGACUUGAGCAGAUGGAAGAUGAAAUGACUCGUCUGCUAAACGCUGUUAAUAACUCAGCCGCUUUCCUCUCGACGAAAUGCCCACAUGUGAACAAUCACCAAUGCUCGCCCUCUCACACUCAUCAAAGUGACGAUAGUGAGGUUCUGUAUUCAGCUGAAGAAAAUUAG